AUGGCUGACCGUCCAACCUACAACAAAGGCCAGCUGGCCGAGUACUUUGCCCGCAUUGCCCUCCCUGAGUCACGAUGGGAAUAUUCCGUCGUCGAGCGUCCAGAUGAUGAGAAGCUGACGUACCUCACGGAUCUACUAAAGCACCAUGUCGUCAAAGUGCCGUUCGAAAACUUGACACUGCACUACUCGUGGCACAAGGUGAUAGACACCAAGCCGCAGCACUUGUUCAACAAGAUGGUGCGCCAGCCCGCACGCGGUGGGUAUUGCUUGGAGAACAACUCACUCUUCCACACGGUUCUCCUGUCGCUUGGAUUCAGCGUCUAUCUGGUGGGAGCUCGAGUAUACAACCCGGGCACCAAGAAGUACGGUGGCUUCUCGCACUGCGCCAACAUUGUCACCAUCGGAGACACACGCUACAUGGUGGAUGUGGGCUACGGGCCAAAUCAACCAGCGCGCCCCAUCCCCCUGCUCCCCGGUGUCGAGCAGGCUCACGUAGGCCAGUCGCAGAUGCGCGUCAUCUGGGACUCAAUCCCGCAGAACCUCAAUCAGGAGUCCAAGCUGUGGAUCUACCAGCACCGCAUUGAUGCCGGUGCAGAGUGGGUUCCCAAUUACUGCUUCGUUGACGUGGAGUUCCUGCUCGAGGACAUUCGCGGCAUGAACAUGUCGCCCUGGAGGAGCCCCACUUCGUUCUUUACCUAUCGCAUCCUCAUCACACGCUUCACUACGAGUCACGAGGUCGACGGCGCUGAUGGGCCGGAGUCUCCCGGCGUGAAGGCAGUCUCCGAGGGUGAGCUGGACGGCGCCAUCAUUCUGAACCAUGAUUCCCUCAAAUGGCGCCGAAACGGCAAGACUGUGCUCGAACAGAAGCUCAAGGCCGAGAAAGAUAGACUAGAGGCUCUAAGGAGGUACUUCGGGAUUGUCUUUCCCGAUGAAGAUCAAGAAGCUAUCCUCAGCACCGCGAGCGAGCUCAAGGACUCGGGUGUUGAGGUUUGA